AUGAAAAUUUUCCAGUACGCUAUAACUUUCGUCACUCUCUUCACAUCAAUUGUCCUUGCCGUCGACCCAACCAUUACCCAAAAGGUUUACUUCGACAUCGAACACGGUAACGAAAACGUUGGUCGUAUCGUUAUAGGUUUAUACGGUGACGUAGUUCCAAAGACUGUCAAGAACUUCUACCAGUUAGCUAUCUCUGACGAUGCCGACAUGGGUUACAUCAGUUCUAUUUUCCAUCGUGUCAUUCCAAACUUUAUGAUUCAAGGUGGUGAUUUCACCAAUAAGGACGGUACUGGUGGUAAGUCCAUUUACGGUAAACGUUUUGCCGAUGAAAACUUCACUUUAAAGCAUGACAAACCAGGUAAGUUAUCCAUGGCAAAUGCUGGUAAAGAUACCAACGGUUCUCAAUUUUUUAUCACUACUGUAGUUACCAACUGGUUAGAUGGUAAGCACGUUGUCUUUGGUGAAGUUGUUGAAGGUAUGGAUGUUGUCCAUUACAUUGAAAACGUCGACACCGACAGAAGAAACAAGCCACUAAAGGAUGUCAAGAUCGUUGCCACUGGUGAAAUCACCGACGAUGUCAAGAGAGAUAUCGCUGAAGAGACUUCCACAACUGUCUCCACUUCUCACGAUGAAUUCUAA